UCGGUGAAGGUGUCCGCGGCGCUGCCUGAGCGGAGCGGCGCUGAGGUCCCCGCCUGCCCGCCGCGCUGCCUGCACACAACUGCCGCCGCCUGAGGAGACGGGGAAGUUGGGAGCGGGGUCGGGCCGAGCUGGGCCGCGCCGGCGGGACGGUGCUGGCGGAGGGCGGCGAGGGGGGCCCGGUGUCGGCGGCGGAGGAGGAAGGAGAAGAAGAGGAGGAGGAGGAAGAAGAAGCAGCAGCGGAGGAGCAGCGCGGCCCGGUGCCGGCCGCUAUGGACCAGUGCGUGACGGUGGAGCGGGAGCUGGAGAAGGUGCUGCAGAAGUUCUCUGGUUACGGGCAGCUCUGCGAGCGCAGCCUGGAGGAGCUCAUCCAGUACGCGGGAGGGCUGCGGCGGGAGAUCCUCCAGACAGAGAACCAAGAUGGAGACUUGUCGGGGACAAUUUCACUGGUUAUGACACAGUGUUGUAAAAGAAUAAAAGACACAGUUCAAAAACUGGCCUCUGAUCAUAAAGACAUUCACAGCAGCGUAUCCCGAGUUGGAAAAGCCAUAGAUAAGAACUUCGACUCCGACAUCAGCAGCGUGGGGAUAGAUGGGUGCUGGCAGGCUGACAGCCAGCGGAUCCUCAACGAGGUGAUGGUGGAGCACUUCUUCAGGCAGGGCAUGUUGGAUGUAGCUGAGGAGCUUUGUCAGGAAUCCGGUCUAUCAAUAGAUCAAAGCCAAAAAGAACCAUUUGUGGAGUUAAAUCGAAUAUUGGAAGCAUUAAAAGUCAGAGUUUUGAGACCUGCACUAGAGUGGGCCGUAUCCAACAGAGAAAUGCUCAUGGCACAGAAUAGUUCGUUGGAAUUUAAACUACACAGAUUGUAUUUCAUUAGUUUAUUGAUGGGUGGAACAGCAAAUCAAAGAGAAGCCCUUCAGUAUGCAAAAAACUUCCAGCCAUUCGCCCUAAAUCAUCAGAAAGAUAUUCAGGUUUUGAUGGGCAGCCUGGUGUACCUGCGGCAAGGAAUAGAGAACUCUCCGUACGUUCAUCUAUUAGAUGCCAACCAGUGGGCGGACAUCUGUGACAUCUUUACAAGAGAUGCCUGUGCUCUUCUGGGUCUCUCAGUUGAAUCACCUCUCAGUGUUAGUUUUUCAGCAGGUUGUGUAGCAUUACCAGCUCUAAUUAAUAUCAAGGCAGUUAUUGAACAAAGGCAGUGCACUGGUGUUUGGAAUCAGAAGGAUGAACUACCGAUUGAAGUGGACCUUGGCAAAAAGUGCUGGUAUCAUUCAAUAUUUGCCUGUCCCAUUCUUCGUCAGCAAACAACAGAUAAUAACCCACCUAUGAAAUUAGUCUGUGGUCAUAUUAUAUCAAGAGAUGCUUUGAAUAAAAUGUUUAAUGGCAGCAAAUUAAAAUGCCCCUAUUGUCCCAUGGAACAGAGCCCCGGAGAUGCCAAACAGAUAUUUUUCUGAAGAAAAGCUUCAUUAUGCAGUUUGUAAGUGACACUCUGGAUUUCAGGUGCAUUUCAGGAGAAUUCAAACACACUUGUUCCCUUUUAUGCAGCAGACUGAGGACUCCUAUGUUUGUAUAAGCUAAUGCUACAGAAACUUUGCCAACAUUUAGUAGAUACAUACCAAGUGGAAAUGCUACAGAAAUAUUAUUACCAUAGGGCUUUACUAUACUCUUGGUCUCCAUACCUGAUCAAGUUACUACACCAGCAGUUGUCAUUCAAUGCAGGUUUUUGUACUUAACUAUAUGGUGACUUUUUACUUUUUAAAAGCAGAAAUUGAUCCACCCCCCCCAUGUGUUGACUAUUUUUCCUGCUCUUAUUCUGUCAUUCUAUUGGUAACUGUCACCUUAGGGAACAUUCGUAGACAAAGCUUUUCUUUCCUGUAACGUGUACAGAAUUCAAGGUAAAUACUUCAGAAGAAAAAACCCAACCAAGUUUGAUAAAUUGAAUAGUGGUUCUAAAACCAAUUUGUAUUUUUGGGGCUUACAAAGCUGUGAUAUAUUCUUGAGUUUUUUUCUUUCAAACUUUUUUUUUUUUCAACUUUUACAUAGACUUCAAAGUAAAUGUGCAUAUAUAUAAAGUAUAUAAAAUCUAUAGCCCCCAGGGGCUACGUGGUAAAAUCCAUCACUAAUUUAUAAGGGUGAUGCGUGGCUAAAUUACUACUGGAGCAGAGAGGGAAUAGGAAAUCCUGUUCCUUUUGGUUUCAUGGAGGAGGAGUGUUUGUGUAAGAGAACAUUCAAUAGAUCCUGAAGUGGAAAUGCUUUUAGUCGAUGCCAUUUGCUCUCUGGCCUUUGUAGUCAUGUUCUUUGAACUUUGUAUUCAGGAUUAGGCUAUAAAUGUCAUGUUGCUGUAUAGUUUACUAGUCAUUAGAGUGUACUAUUUAUAAACAGUUAUCAAAACCAAAUAAAUUGUACAAGUAUUCAUUGUUAACGGGGGGAGAAGCAUGUUCUGAUGCAACCUACUGAUCAUGACUGCACUUGGCAGAACCGGGCCCUACGUCAUAUCUUAGGAGGUAGCAAGUUUUCUGUAGCUUGAGAACACUUUUGCUUCUAGCCUUGUUUUUGUAGUAGAAUAUUACUGCCAUUGCCACUCUUUCUGCUAAAUUUGUCAUCUUGUUGACUAGCUAAAUUUGUACUCAUAACCCAGGCGUAGAUCAUGGCAGUUAAAUCUUUUCUAGUGUGCAUAUCUUUGUAUUUAUUGCACUGUCCUACAGUAGGGCGAGCAGCCUUAUGGCAUGCAAAGCUACAUGUGAAAUUCUCUUUCUGUAUUGUGUAGUUCAAAAAGCCAACCCCAGCUUAUAUGGUUGAGUCCUGACACACUGGUUGAAUGCACUUAGCACAAGGCACUACAGAGAAGACCGUCUUUGAUGAGAAAUCUACACCUUUUGAAUUUGGUUGUCACCUCACGUGAGAGACUGAGUUGGACUCUAUCGGAUCAGUGACAAUGGACAACCCUAAAGAGACAUUAAGAGGAGCAAGUCAAGGCACACAAAUUUGAAACUUGAAAUGUGUUUGAUACAUUUUGGGGGGGGGGGAAGAAUCAAUACAGGUGUGUGAUUUUUCUGCAGAACUGAAAUUGUAUUCACACGAGGUUCCAAACAACCGCGUUACCAAGUGGUAAAAGCAACAAUAAACGGGUGAGGAGAUUAUUUUCCAUGUA